UAUGUAGUAACAGCGCGCGACGCCAAAGUAAACGGGUUUCCAAGUUCAGUUUCCAGUCUGAUGAGUGACUUAAUCUUCAACUCAUGACAGCGCGCAUUAUUUGAAUUAUACUUCUCCAAAUUUCCAUUGUUUUUUUUUUUUCUACAAACGACUGCGUGCAUAAUUAGCAAUUCACCUUGAUGACUUUUAAGAAGUCCUUAAGCUUAUCUCAAAUGUGUUGUCAGUGGACUUCUAACCUCUGCUUCUGCUCCCAAGAGCGAUUCCCUUCCAUGAACUCCCUUAUUCGAUUUCACCCGUGUUCAACAUCCCAAUAAAAGCUGUGGCCGAGUUACACAAUAGGAAGAGAACUCGAGAGAACCCUGUUUUUGUUUUGUUUUUAAGAGCCAAGUCGAGAGUACUCCGAGUGCGCUUGACAAAGUGAAAGCGCUCAUGGGCGGUUCACUCGCUCUUUAAUCAGUGCGCGCUCGGAGGACGAGAGGAAGACGCCUGCGGUGUGCGCUCAUGGAUUAAUGUACAGCUGGAGCAGUCUAUACACUCGGAAAUAUCUCCACGACGCGCUUUAACGACUCUUGAAUAAGGGGAACAUGUGAACUUCACGCAGCUGUCGUGGUUGGCCUACCAACAAACUCGCUUUCGAUGAUUUUAAUGACCCUCUUCCUCGUCUUCACUGUAGGAUUUUGGAAUAAGCCAGCUAAGCUAAAAUCAAAGAGAACUGGAAGAUAUGCUUGUAACCCGUGGUGCUUUGAGAGUCACAUGGAAUGCCUUUUGAGCUCAGAGGUUUGGAAUUCUAUCUUAAUUCUGAGCUGUCUUAGUGUUCUGUUGCCCUUGGCUGGAGGUAAUGAAAUGCAGGCAAUGACGGACCUCCAGAUCGUACUCAAAGAGACAAAGCCUUUAUUUCAACGUUCUAAUACAAGUUUGUAUACACCAUACAUAGAGGAUAUCAAUAAUUGCACUUUUAAGUUUUUUGACUGUUUCCUGAUGGAGAUGAACGUUCUCUUGCAUGACGAAGACCCAACAAAUGAGUACACGUUCCAGAUAAAGACAACUUUAGAAGAAUAUAACAAAAAUAAGUGCUCCGAACGAUAUCCUUGUGAACUACAGGAGCUCACCAACACCAGGGAGUUCUUUAACAGGAUGACCACCUUUCUUCAAAAACAGCAAAAUCUCUGCCGGGAGACAUCUACUAUUGAGCAUCAAUCUACUACAACAUGUGAUUAAAAUCAUACUUUAUUUAAACAUUAGCAUGAACAAUAAGCUCAUUUAUCUAUUCUCAUUUUAAAUUAUACUACUUUUUUAUUAAUAUUUAUAUCACAUCAGUCUGAAAGUGUCACUAUAUUAAAGCUGUAAGAAUGUUUUGUUAAUGAUUAACUGUGAAUGCCUUAGAAGUGUACAGAAUUUUACAUUUUUUAAAUGUUUUUUUUUAAUCGUUUAAUAUCUAAUGUAUUGUUACAUUAAAAACAAUGAUCAACAGAAAUACUA